GAGGGAGUGAGGGAAAGAGAGGAGAGGAGUGCAAAGCGGGAGAUAGAGAGAUACCAGGAAUGUGAUGGUUUGCACUUCUAUCCAGACAGUUAGGCAUGGAGGGAGCGCAACAGAGAGUUGGUGAGAUGAGUGUUCACAAACCUGUCCCUAUGGAUGGUUAAGAAUUAAAGGGAGGAGAAGAAUCCCACCAACAUCCCUGUCAGGACUAAUCUCUGUGGACUUUGUUUUCCUCGGUCUGUGACUCCGGAGGGAAAGAACAUCUUUCAGUUGUGUGACCCUUGCAUGUUCAUCGAUAUUCAAUCUCUAUUCGUGGAUUACUGCUUGAAGGAGCAGGAGAUCAACCAGCAGUUUCAAUCGGUCGACCUAGAUUGCUGCAGGGCUGCAAGGAGAGGGGACAGCGUGGUGUGUGGACCAGCUCCGAAGCAUCUGUGUUUACCCUGCAUGGUCGCUGUGAGAGAAAGAUGUGGAAUUGACGGACAGACAGAUGAUGCAUGCAGCUCCCUCUACCUGAAGUCCAUUUCUUAGUCCGGGAUGUUUUUGCAAAUCCACAAGAUUCAUGAACUCGCUCCCACUACCUCAUGAGGAUGACCUUCUCCUGAAUUCCUGAAUCAACCCCCCCACUACCACUACAUAUAAAAAAAAGUGAUGAUCACAAAUGUCUCAGUGAUCACACAUGCCAUGGUGAUUGGACACACACGUGCUCUCAAAUAAUCUGCUCUACUCACGCCAUUUCUGGUGAUUGAGAGUUCAGCAUGUCGAGGGCAAACGGGAGACCUGUGCUCGAUUUACAUGUCAAUGGCAGCUGGAGCCAGGCCUACAGAGACUGAUGAGAAAGGUGGAGAAUAAAGGUCUGUUCCAUUAGUGGUCCCAGGGGGGACAUGGGCCUGGAUGCUGCCCGGACACACUGACCUCUCCUGGACAGAUUCUGGACAAUACUAUGGUGUACACCGGGGGACUCUACAUGGCCGACUGACAAACUCUGCCUCUUGGAGUACAAGCUGAUGGAUGUAACUGUUUUUUUGUAUUUACAGAUCUGACUACUAUCUUCUCAUUGAAGACAAAAAGGCAAGGCUUUGAAUCAUCGCACAAUGAGCAGUACAUUCCAGCCCUGCGCAGGGGAAAGAGGCUGUGUGUCUAUGUUUUCUUGGUUGGCUGCGUCUCUCCUGCCUGGGAAUAUCAUGAGAUUAUAAACAGGAGGUGGCUCCAACAUCUUAUCCCUGUUCCACUCAUCCAUCAGAGCUCCCACCAUCACCAAAGAAAACGGACCAGACAUCUGAAAAAAAGUUUGUAGAGGACAUUAGCCUAUAUACUCUAAAACCCACUGGGUGCAGGUGGCUGAUUCCUUAGCUUUCUUAUCACUGGGGUCAGGAAGAAAAGACUGGCUGCCCACAGACAGUCUUUGGCGAGACGGACAGGUGUUUUUUGGCCUGUCAGCCUCUCUGGGAGGGACUAGCAGUGAAAGGAAAGGCCUCGCUGGGGGGCUCUGCUGGAGCGGAAACUCUUUUCCAAGGGCUAUGUUUGGAUGUGAUGCUCGUCUCUGUGGAUGCAACAUGGACUUUAUGGCCUGAUUACACAGCCCUGGUAUUCAGAUAGUGCUGGCGGGAAGGGAUAAUGCAUAUCCUUCCUUGCCCUGAACAAGAAGCCACCAUGAGCAACGUCACGGUCACCGACAACACUGAGCCCAUCAGCCGAACCAUGAGUCCGGCAAGCCCUAGCCCGUAUCCCUAUCCUGUUAGUUUCCAGGUCUCCCUGACUGGCUUCCUCAUGCUGGAAAUCCUCCUGGGCAUGAGCUCUAACCUCACAGUCCUUGCCCUUUACUGCAUGAAGUCGAACCUCAUUAGCUCUGUCAGUAACAUCGUCACUAUGAACCUCCAUGUGUUGGAUGUGCUAAUUUGUGUGUGCUGCAUCCCCCUCACAAUCGUGGUGGUGUUGCUCUCCCUGGAGGGAGACACAGCACUCGUCUGCUGCUUCCAUGAAGCCUGCGUCUCCUUUGCUAGCGUUGCUACUGCUGCUAACGUGCUUGCCAUCACCCUCGAUCGCUACGAUAUCUCAGUCAAACCAGCCAACCGGGUGCUGACCAUGGGCCGCGCCCUGACCCUGCUGUCUGGCAUUUGGGUGCUAUCCUUUGUUAGUUUCCUCGUACCCUUUAUUGAGGUGGGCUUCUUCGCCCAUGGCCAGGCUGAUCUGAACCAGACAGUGGUGGAGAAUAUGGUCCACACUAACCAGUACUACACAGAACUCGGCCUCUACUACCACCUGCUUGCUCAGAUUCCUAUUUUCUUCUUUACUACCGUUGUCAUGCUCAUCACCUACUCAAAGAUCCUGCAGGCACUCAACAUUCGCAUUGGCACACGUUUCCACGCUUCACAGAAGAAGAAGGCUCGCAGGAAAAAAAGUCCAUCCAUGACAGCCAUGACAACACAGCAUGAGGCCACAGAUGCAUCCCAGAGCACUGGCAGCCGCAACCCCACACUGGGUAUGCGUACCUCCGUCUCUGUCAUCAUCGCCUUGCGCAGGGCUGUUAAGCGCCACAGAGAAAGGCGAGAGCGCCAAAAGAGGGUUUUCAGAAUGUCCCUCCUGAUCGUGUCUACCUUCAUGCUGUGCUGGACACCCAUCACAGUGCUCAACACAGUCAUCCUGAGUGUGGGCCCCAGUGACCUAAUGGUCAAGUUGAGACUGGGCUUCCUGGUGAUGGCUUAUGGGACGACUAUCUUUCACCCUCUACUCUAUGCUUUCACUCGGCAGAAGUUCCAGAAAGUCUUGAAAAGCAAGAUGAAGAAGCGAGUGGUGUCGAUCAUUGAGGCGGAUCCUACCCCUAACAAUGCCAUUAUUCACAACUCCUGGAUCGACCCAAAGAGGAACAAAAAGGUGACAUUUGAGGACAAAGACGCCCGACAGAAGUGUCUGUCGUCUGAGGACGUGGGGUGAAGGAUCUCAUUGUCUUUACGGUAUACAGUCAAUAAAAGCAGCUAAAACUGACAUCAGGUCAUGAUGAAAAAGGGAACAUGUUAAUCCAAAGCAGUAAUGUAAAUAUGUGCAAUAGAAUGUACAAAAACAAGAGGUGGAUAAUUUAUUACUAUUUAUUGAGAACAAGUGUAGGUUUCAUAGAUAGACUAUAUACUGUACUGUAGAUAUUGCAUGGCUUUUUGUAAUGGUAGCAACAUACAGAGCAUUGUGUACAUACAUAAUACAUGUACAGUAUAGGGUAAACAAGGUAUUUAAAUAGAGAGAAAGAAGUAGGAAGUACUAUGUUUAUGUAUAUUUAUAAUAAAUAUCGUGUUCACCUACCCAACCCAGGCAAAAGCUUCCUAUUCUACCAUCCCCCAAGUUAAGUGUUUGCAAUUCCUGUAACAACUGUGAGAUUACAACCAUUCAUCAUCAUGCCACUUGCUCUGAACACCAGACCUGCAAUUCACAGUGACCACUGACCUUAUUGCCUGGGAGCCCUCUGAGGGAAGGCAGACAGGUCAAACAUGGAAAGAGGCAGGCAUGUAAUGUAUGUUAUGUUGCUAUAACCGUAAAGCUAUGGGGUACUGUUCACAAUCACUGCUUUUAGAGUUAAAGAAGAACACUCACAUUCCAUAGACACAACAGAAGACCAUGGCUCUCAUCACCUCUUUGACAAAAAACAGAUAUAAUCAAAGCAUAGUCUGUUUUACUUUACCAGUCGCGUCUUUCAGCCAAAUGGAAAAUAUACAGUUGCCUUAUUUUGGUUUGAUGAAUUGAGCAUGACUUUACGCUGGGACAGGGAGAGCACAUACUAAACACAGUGCACAAAAUAAUGACAAAUAUUGUUUUAAACCUGAGUGAAUCCUCAGAGGUUAUGUUUUCAUAAGGAGGUUAUUUAAUCAAACUAGAGGAAAAUGUUGAAAACUGUUGUAUUAUCAAAGUGUCUGUUUUUAAUAACACAAGCCGAACAACAAUGCUCUCCAAAUAAGCAAAUCCAUAACUGCAAUAAAGAACUACUGCAAACAUGUUGAAGCCUUAUAAAAGAUUCUGCUUACAAUCCACAAUAACAGAUAAUGAAGUUCUUCUUCCCUGCCUUUGUGUGUCUACCAGUAGUGCGUGUCCUCCUUUGUUUAUCAAGGAAUACGAUAGUGAAACUGUAUUUCCCAGGUGGCUGUUGCUGGUAGAUUAUAAGUCAGCCAGCCUGAUAUUUUCGGCUCAACUUGUCCUAAAUAAGAAGGAAUAAUAUAUUCAGAAAAAUGCAGAAAAAUGUCAGUGGUAAUAACAAGAAAAAAAAAGCUGUCAGCUUAUUAUAUUCAGGCUGCGCUCUAAUACCGAAUCUAGAUGAAAAGUUACAAUAACCAUUAGCAUAUAAAGCCAUGCUCAGCUAGCCUGGCAGUUGACUUCAUUACAAUCCCUGUGUCAAUUAUUACAUUCUCUCUAAGAUGUGGAUAUAUACUGUGCAGUGCAGUCACAUGCACGCAUAAAGGUGCACACACACAAAUGCAUAUGCACACUGUAUGCCACAGUUUAUCUCAGGAAUGAGCUUAUGACGCCUUUGCUGUCUCGGGGAAAGUUAAAUAAAAUUGAAGAGCCCUUUAGAUACUAAGAGCACAGGGCUAUUGGCUACCAGAGCGAUUACACAACCUUGAUCAGAUGCUUCUCUGGCUGCCAGACCAGUGUGUGGUUUGUAGCACAACAGAGAGGGCUGAUAUGGGAAUAUUGAUGCAGGCAAGGUUCUUUAUGACCCUGCAGUAAAUAGGCAGUGUGGAUGUCACGGUACCUUGAGGGCAUGCCUGUGAUUGAGAGAGGAGACGGGAUGAGAGCCAGCAACAGAAAAUGUCCUAUGAGAUGAAACAUUGAGCUGGAGGAUAGAUUUAACAAACGCAUGUGAACAGUAUGAGUCCAACUUUUAGUAGGAAAACGUCAUAGGCGGUGCAUCAAUAUACAAAUGGAAAGACUUAUUCCCAUUGCCAACAUAACAAUGAUUCACUACUAACAGCUGUGUUCCACUACUGAAUAUAUCAUUUAGCCCUCUGCUCAAAUGGUACCAAUCCAAACUUAAAUCAGUGCUACUGAAAAAAAAUCACUUGUAUUGAUUACCUUUUUAAAAUGACCUCUCAAAGACCAAUACAAUUUACACUAUCUAGGUCACAAUUUGUUUUUUUAUCCUGGGGUGCAGCCGGCACUGGCUAGGCAAAAAAAAAAAAAAGAACAGUCAGAAUCAGUCAGAACAUCGUGCUAUGUUGGGUGUGCUUGCACACGAUGUUCUGACUGAACUGCCACGUUGUUAAUACGCCAUUAUUCAGUUUGACAUUCGCUUCUUGUUUCUCGUCUUUUUCUGUUUGGUGGGGGGGGGGGUAUUUUGCGCUCACUAAUCACUGAGCUUGAUGUAUCCGUUCUCUUGAUGUCAUUUUCAGCCAAAACUGAAGCCGUGCGAGUACUGGAUAGGAGCAGUUAGCUUCAACAUUAUCAAGUUUAUUGAUGUGAGAUGAUGCUUUUGUAACAUUUAAAGUAAUUAACUAUUUGCUAUUUUACAGCCAGUUUGCACACCGAGCUACAUGACACGCCAAACCUGUCAGCUCCUUUAACUUGAACCUCAUUAAGGCCAUCAAGAGAGAAAGUACUGAAUCUUUUGUAGCACUAAACUUUUCCUUAACUCUCUUGGGGAGAAUGGCACAAACUCCUUUCUUUUAAAGAAAUGCCUUCAAGGCAUGGCGGUGUAAACUGUUUUUAUUCACAGGCUGGAUAGCUCCACCUUUUUUAUUGACGCUUGUUGCUAUAUUUGUUUGGAUUCUGGCUCUGGCACAGGUAGAUGACGUUCCUAACCUUGGCCCAACCUAUAAAAGGCACCAACAGGCUCAGUCGUUUCUCCAACUGGGGAAAAAUCCGUUCAUGAGAGCAACAACAACUCUAAACCUCUUACGCCACAAAUAACACUGAUUCAAUAUCAGAGUGGAUGCACUUUUACUUAAAAUAGCCCUCAAUGUGCUCCAGUGCGCUUUUGAAAUAUUCAGCUUAAACACCGGAUCUGUACCAAACCGUUAUCCAGAGCUUUGAGUUGUAUUGUAAAAUGUUGUUUAGGACAUUAGACAAUGACCGGUGACCUUAAUAUUUGUCUCAAUCUCAUUAUCAUGAGAACAUUUCAUUUCAUUUCUAAGCUGCAUUACUGAAUUAUUGAUAUUGACCAUCCACGGCAAAGAAAAUGCAACAGAGUGUUGAUAUAUUUUUGCUUAUUGAGUUAAUGGCUUAUUAAAGACUUAUAAUGUUGUACAAUAUAGGUUAGUGAAUCAACGUGACGUACAUAAACAUGCCCUGUUAAGCAUGUGUCUAAUAACUUAAACAAAGGUUGUACAAUUUACACCAUCGUCUGAUGUGUCUCCUUUUUCCUUUUAAUAUGUAUAUCAUUCCAAAUAAAAUAAUAUUGUGAGGGGCAAGCAUUUACAGUCUUUUAUGUUCAUACUCUGAACUGAGCAGAAGAUACCAUCAUUUACCCUUAUUGUUAUGAUUGCUAUUAUAUUGACUGUGUGUAGUUUCAUGUUUCAUUUUGGCCCACAUGGGACCACUUUAAUGUAGACAUUUACAAACGGCUGCCAUCUCUCGAGCGCUGCUGGUUAGCAUAUCGGACAGGUUAGCAGGCUGCCACUGGACCUCUAACCCGAGGUGACCUGCAGAGAAAAAAAUAGGUCAAUAUACUACCAUACUCAAUAACAAAGCUUCAAUGACGCUUUACUGGGAGCCUUAAUAGAAUCCCUUGACCCUGCUGUGUCCUUCUCCUUCUCCCUUAUACUCCACAAUAAGGCUGGUGUUUACUGCUGUCCCCAUCACAUACAUUAUGUCCCUCCCCCUUUCGCUCAGGCAGCCAAGCCCAGAUUCAGAUGCCAUCUCUUUUAGGGCUCCUCUCUAUCCAGCCGCAGACACAGAAUAAAAGCCCGGGAAAUCAUAUUACUCUGUCCGUAUGGAGCCUCUAUUGCAUUAGGUCAGCAAACACUCAACUGUAAUUCUGCUAUCGUAGAGAAGAAGAAAGUGAAUUGAGCACACCAGCCAGCGCAGCUUGACAAAUUGUUGCUCGUGGUCAUUUUCCAAAUGUUGCUCUCACCAAGCCACAUGCACUGUAGAGACGGAAGGACACUUUACAGAGCCGGAAGAUAUAUGACUCUGAUCUACAACAUUUACGCUCUGUACAAGAACAUCUAUGGCUCAGAUAGAAACCAGGAAUCAGAGGCAGACAGCGGGGUAUAACCUCUACCUCCUGUGACCUUAAUGGCAUCAUUGUGUGGUAUUGGAGGAAAAUAACACACUGGUCUGAAUCAAUGCUGUGUAAAUUACUCCUCUCUGUCAGUAUAAGUCCAGCGCAGAUGUUUAAUGAUAAAUGAAGUGUUCUUCUUUAAUAUGCAGUCUACAUCAGAGAACAACUUUAUCCUAUGGGGCAAACACGAAAAAGCUACUUACAUGCAUGCCAAAGUGGACGAUAUAGAAUAUUGUUGUAUUGUAAUAGAAAAAAAAAAUCAUGGAAUUUAUUUGUACACAAAUUGUCCAUAGCACAAUAAAUGCUUAUGUUAUGAAGCAUGUUAUAGAGACUGUUUAGUGUGUAAGAAUUUUACAUUUGAUGAAAUGUGCCAUUAUAUUGUGAAAUCCUCCUUUAGGAAAUGUGAGUCAGACAAAGGGAACGACGAGCAUAGUCUUAUCUCACUAAACCAAAAAAUGUGAAGGACAAAACAAAGUCAGAAGUGCCGACAUGGCUGGAUGCCCAGUCCCUGUGUGUGUGUGUGUGUGUGUGUGUGUGCGUGUGACUGUCUGUGUGUGCAUCUAUUCAGCAACGUGUGCAUACUCCAGCAAGUGCAGCUAUGUCCAAACAGUAUGUGCAUGCAGCUAUGUGUCAUUCCAAUUGUUUUAUCAGGCAGUGACAGAGUGUCAACCAUCGGUGUGAGAGGUGACACAGCAGAGAGGAGAUUGCUGCCCUCCAGCUCUCUCUCCACAUGAAAAGAUAUGAAUGGGACCACCACAACAGAGCUCACUACCACAGCCUGGCAGCUUGAGACACUACAAGGUUACAACAUUUGUAUUAUUAAAGCCAAAAGAGACCACUACAUUUUAAAUACGGUAUAUUCCACUCUCCUUCAAAUACCCUCAUGUCAGAAUAGAAUUGCAAAGUGGUAGAAGUUAUUUUGAGUGUCCAGGGCUACUGAAGUAAAGGUCCUAUUCAUUUUCAUAGACAGUGUUGGGCUUGAAUGGACUUAAAACUCAUUAUGGUUGAAUCAUCAGUACAAAAGGUGAGCACAAACCGGCUCUUUAACAUGAAAAAGUCACAAGCCUGAAUAUAUGAAAACUUAAGGAGAGAAGUUAACCGACUACCAACUAGAGCUGUGUAUUGGCAAGAAUCUGGCGAUAUAUGAAUCGUGAUACAGGGGUUACGAUUCAAUGUAUUGCGAUACAUUACAAUACUGUAAGCAAGGCGAUAUAUUCCGAUUUGUUAAGUCAAAUUUUUGGAAAACUGUUUUAGUAUAAAGAACAAACCACGAUAUAAGGAUGCACCAAUACCGAUAUCGGGCCGUUGCUCACUCAAAAAGCUGGAUUGAGUAUCAGUGACAAUGGAGCCGAUCUAUACAAUUUAAUGUUUAUAUAUACAAUAUGUACAUUACUUACUGGAUUUUAAUUCCUGUUUGAGUUUUGACCAAAUGGUUGUUCGAUUAAAAAUAUGUACACUUGAACUGUAAUUCCUGCUAAUUUUGAAGAUUUUCUAUCAAGUUGCUGGUGUCCGAUUCAUUAUUUUGAAAACAAAUAAAAAUGUAAUAAAUGUA